AUGGCAGCUGAGCAGACGGAGGCGCAGCCAGCGGCGCCGGAAACAGCAGAGACGCCUACUCCUAUUCCGCCGCAGACUGCUCCCGCCCAAUCGGCCCAGAUGCAGCCGGCAGGGGCCUCCGGAAUGUCAGGCAUCACGAGUUUAGCAAGCACCUUUAAGGGAAGCGCUCCUGACACAGACCCGGAGCCCAUUGAAUGGGGUGACAUGGACCCGAACUGGAGGGAGGCUCUGCAGAAAUCCCCAGAACUCCAGAAGGGCAUACAACACCGUUCGCAAGCCAAGGAAGAUGGCUUGUUGCCACGAACGUUCCCUCCGACCACAUUGACCUUCUCGCGCCUAGUCUAA